AUGUCCACAGCUCCUGUCAAGAAACUCGAUGUGACUAAUGAUAAAUUUCUCGGACAUUCUGUUCUUCGUACCUAUGUGACUAAUACUUUUCCGAAGAAUAUAUCCUACUUGAAGUCCCUUAGUGAAAACAAAGGAAAAAUAAAAAUAUUCCCUCCGUACUCGAAAACUUGGGAAGGAAUGCAAAGCUCUUUGGAGGCAGCUCUUGACGAAUUUCCGUCAAAAAUACGCUUGAUGGUGAUAGAUAGAGUUGGUGAGAAAACUCAGUUUGUAAAUCAGGAUUAUCUACAAACACCUGGACACCAAAUCUUUCCACCAGAACAUAACCGAUCCGAAUAUUAUGAAGAAGAUGGUGUUCAAACUCCUGAAUUAUUUUCUUCGAUAAAAUCCAAUGAAUCAAGUGAGGUAACUCCGUCGUCUAAUGAUGUCGACGAUGAUGAUGAAUUUGAUACUUUGCAAAACUUGAAGAAAUGGAGACUUAAGUCUGGAAGGUUUGUCAAAGAUGUACUUUAUCAACUUGGAAUGAUGUGCCGAUAUCAUAAUCUAGUUCACUCACUCGUCCUUGAUCCUGAGGAUACCUUUGUUAAGAACGCAUUUACAGAAGAAGAGAUGAAAGAUAUAUCUGAAAAGAAGAGCGGGCAAGAUCCACCAGAGAUCGAUGAUGAAUUUCUUGAAUAUAUAAACAUUUUCUCCAAGGAAAAUAUGUCUUUGAUUUGUAUACUUGCUCAUUUUGCUACAAUUUGUAAGCUAAUGGAUGUCUAUUUAGACUCUACCACAGAAUUAAGAAAAGCAUUGAACAAUCCACAUCCUCGACCUGGAGCCAGCUUUAAUCCACAGAGUAACGUAUAUAUAUUAUACAGGUUACAUUUUUAUGAGAUGCAACCCAAUCCACUUACUCUUGAUAUGCCAGAAGCCUGGCAUCGUGUCGAUGUUUUAGAGGUUGGAAAUGCUACUUACGUUAUUGGAGGUGAAAAGGCUGGAUUAGCCUUAAUUGGAAAGAAAGGGGAUGCGUACAUAAGAACAAUUGGGUUCAUAUCAACCGAUUGGGCGGCAUCAGAAGCAGGAGCGAAGUGGGAGGGUCGAUUUUGUAGAAGAAAAGAUGAGGAAGAUGAAUCUGGUGCAGUAUUGAUUAGAACAAAUUUAGACUUUCUAGCGGGAUAUGUGUGUCGAUAUACAAGAGAAAGUCCACUUGAGGUCUACGCUAUAAAUAAAUUUGGUAAAUCUCUGGAUGUAUUGGUUGAAAUAAAUAUUCCAAAUUCUUCAAACGAUGAAGGUUGUCAAUAA